AUGCAACACGCCAGCUACAAGGCCCUCCAUCUCCUUCACCUCGUAUUACUGGCCACCGUGCUGCCGGCGGCUGCCGUUUCCUCCGGGAGCAACGGCACAGACACUGACCUCGACGCCCUACUCGCGUUCAAGGCACAGCUCUCGGAUCCUCUAGGUGUUCUUCGUGGCAACUGGACCCCCGGCACGUCCUUCUGCCACUGGCUGGGCGUCUCGUGCAGCCAGCGACGAGAGCGUGUCACCGCCCUGGCGCUGCCAAACACUCCCCUGCAUGGCAGCAUCUCUCCCUACAUCGGUAACCUCUCUUUCCUCUACGUCCUGAACCUCACCAACAGCAACCUCACGGGCACCAUCCCAGCUGAGCUUGGAUGGCUGCACCGUCUCAGGGUUCUUGCCCUUCCCUGGAACAGCCUGUCAGGUUACAUCCCUGCCACCGUCGGGAACCUCACGAGGCUCGAGAGCCUUGUUCUUCUGGAGAACAGUCUGUCAGGGCUGAUCCCCGAUGAGCUGAAAGACCUGCAAAAUCUUAGGCGCUUAGACCUCCAGACGAAUCACCUGAGCGGCAAAAUACCAGAAGUAUUCAACAACACACCUUACCUGAGCUAUCUGAACCUUGGCAACAACAGCCUAUGGGGGACCAUACCUGUUGGCAUUGGAUCCUUGCCCAUGCUUCAAAUCCUGUCUUGCAAGAUAAUCACCUCACUGGCACCGUGCCUCCUGACACCUUCAAUAAUUCCUUCCUGCAAGUUCUGA